AUGAGUCGUUUGGAAUAUACAGAAUUAUCGAGCCGUUCUGAGCAAUCAGGAAUUUCGGCUAUGUCUACGGAUAUGUAUGGUGGAAUAAGGAUUCAAAAGACGACAGCAGGUGCAUGUCGAAAAUGUGGUUAUUCCGGGCAUCUUCCAUUUCAAUGUUACAAUUUUCUGCAACCUAGCGAAGGAAACUAUGCAGAUAUUUCUUCUACAAGUUCAGAAUCCGAUUACGAGACGCCACUUACUGCCAAAGAAAAUAAACGAAAGAUGAAACGAAAAAGUAAGAAAUAUCAUCACGAAUAUCAUAAAAAAUGGAAAAGAAGCCACAACAGUUCGACAAAGCGUGAGAUCAAAAAGAAGAAAAGGGAGAAGUACCUUGAGUCAUCACCCGUGCGACCGUCAAAUUUAAAAACGAAAACCAAAACUAAACGCAUUUACAAGAGUUCAUAA